AUGUUCCCUGUGAAGUUGAUCGAUUUGUACUUGUCCCCAUCUAGAUCGGAAUACAAGGAUUUCUCCACUGACAUUAGUGAAAGUGAUUUGGACUUUGAUUCAUUCAAAUUAGAGCAAGUCCAUAAACCUCCAUAAAUAAAGAAGAGUUCUUCCUACCCCAGAAAUUAUUAUAAGUAACAACUAAUUGAAGAAAGCAACAUUGAAGGUGAUCAAAUCAUUUAGGAAUGCAAUCGCUUCGUUUAGGACCAUUAAGUUUCUGUAACACAGCUACUUCAAGAACUUGCGCUUGAAUAGCCAAAAAAAAAUAGAAGCACAGGUUAUCUAAAGUUCUUUGACGAGAACAAAAACUAUGGAUUUAUUGUAAUGGACUCUGAUGGCUCAGAUAUAUUCGUAUAUGCUGAUGAUCUUGUUAAGACAGGCAUCGCAAAAGAGUAUUUACGAACAGCUAAAUUUGGAAACUACAUCAGAUUUACUUUCACAUGCAUGGAAUAUUAUGGUAAAUAUAACAAAUCCAGAAAAGCCGUCGAUUUGGAGUAUCAAAAGCCAAAUCCAUUCUUCCAAACCAUAUACUGAUUUAUAUAUACAAAUUAUAACUUAGAAUAUAUAAUG